AUGGAAUUUCAUUUUUACUAAAGCUCUAAUGAAUAAUACAUCAGAUUUGGAUAUUUUUUAAGAUUCAUUGACUCUUAAAGGGAUUCAAGACAUUACAAAUGGUAAUAAUUGUUGAUUGAUUUAAAACAAGUAAUCUAAUUUUGGUUGAUCCUAAAGUUGCUUUAAAUUUAUGCAAUUAUUAACCAAGAGAAGCAAAUUUAAUUGUUAUCUAAAAGGAGAUGAAAUCGAACAAGUUAAACUAAAUUUCAGUAUUACAAGAAUAAGCCUAACUUAAAUAUUAAAAUAUUAGGAAUAAAAAUAAAAUAAUAAAGAUAUAAAAGUAGUAAAUAAAAUAUCUCAUAAAUUUAUUUAUAUCUUUAUAAGGGUACAAUAGAGGAUGGAGAUCAAUUCAUUAUAAUUUUAAAGUAAAAAACAAAUUACAAGAUUAAGGGAAAAUCAAUACUCUAAAAAUAAUUGAAUAAAAAUCUUAUAAAGACUGAAGUUAUAUAUUUAAAUUAAGUUUUAAUACAAAAUCAUAAAUAUUUCAUUUUUAAUCUAAAGAGGAUAAGAUUCCUUUGGAUAAUUUAUUUAAAGUUUUUGAAUAUUAUAAAAUUAAUAAAGCCAAACACAAUAAAAUGGGUAUCUCAUAUUUCUUUAUUAGACAUGAAUGA